AACCGAAGUAAAGGAGCUUAAAAGGCCUAUCUCAAAUCUCAACAACUCUCUGUCUCAGGCCUAAAACAACAAAGAAAAAUCCUUCUUUUCCUUUUCUCUCUUGUCUCAGUUUUUGUGUUAAAACCCAAAACCUUCCCCCCCUAAAAAAAAAAAAAACAAAGAGAGAGAAAAUGGCGAGCAGUUCAGCGAACUUGGAAGAUGUACCAUCGGAAUCACUGAUGACUGAGCUGCUCCGUCGCAUGAAAUGCGCCUCCAAACCGGAAAAACGCCUCAUCCUCAUUGGUCCACCUGGAUCAGGAAAAGGUACUCAAUCACCAAUUAUUAAGGAUGAGUACUGCUUGUGUCACUUGGCCACUGGUGAUAUGCUUAGAGCUGCUGUUGCUGCUAAAACUCCUCUUGGUGUCAAGGCCAAGGAGUCUAUGGAUAAGGGAGAACUUGUUUCUGAUGAUCUGGUUGUUGGCAUUAUCGAUGAAGCGAUGAAGAAACCUUCAUGUCAAAAAGGUUUCAUUCUUGAUGGAUUUCCAAGGACUGUAGUCCAAGCACAGAAGCUUGAUGAAAUGCUUGAAAAGCAGGGAGGUAAAGUUGAUAAGGUGCUCAAUUUUGCAAUUGAUGAUGCGAUCUUAGAGGAGAGGAUUACUGGUCGCUGGAUCCACCCUUCUAGUGGUAGGACCUAUCAUACGAAAUUUGCACCUCCUAAAGUUCCUGGCAUUGAUGAUGUGACUGGGGAACCAUUGAUUCAACGUAAAGAUGAUACUGCAGCUGUUCUCAAGUCAAGGCUAGAGUCAUUUCACAAGCAAACUGAACCAGUGAUCGAUUAUUAUUCCAAGAAAGGAAUAGUUGCAAAGCUUCAUGCAGAGAAGCCUCCUAAGGAGGUUACGAAUGAGGUUCAAAAAGCACUUUCAUGAUGAAAUCCCAUUAUGGCUGAGGUUCAGAAGGUGCUCCACUCAUGAAUGUUGGUUCUCUUAACUUACAAAACAGAAAUUUUUUUUUUUUAAUUGAGAAUUUUCUUGGAUUUUUGCUCAUGUUUUGGGUACACGUUCAGAUGCUCUGAUCCAUUAUUAUCUGAUUACUAUUUUGGCCCAAA